AUGGGAAAAGCCACUCUUGUAUUCGAUUUUGGCAGUGACACAAUAAAGGCAGGUCUUUCUACAUCAGAAAAACCGGAUUUUAUUAUUCCUUCCGAUUUUCCUGAAGACAAUAUAAACUUUCCAAUAAAUAUGCCAUUGCCUGCGGAUAAAAAACUCAAAAAGGCAAUUGCAAACGGUGAAAUAGCUUGUAAAGAAAGAAUCGCAUUCAUUAUCGGCUCAGUUUUCGAUAAACUACUUGGCGAGAAUGAACCAGAUGAAUUACGUGUUGUUUUAACGGAAACACCAUUUUCAUCGUUAGAACACAUUAAAUACCUUUCAGACUUUUGCUUCGAUUUACUCGAAGCUCAGGCAAUUUCGAUUAAGCCACAAGCCUAUUUCACAGCUAUUUCAUAUGCUAUUAAUACAUGCAUAUGUCUUGAUAUUGGUCACGAUGUAAUGCAAUGCAUCCCAUUAGUCGAUGACUACGUUAUUCCUCAAGCAAUUAAAAGAUCAUAUCUUGCUGGCCAUUCAUUAGAUUUAUUUACAGCGCGUCUCACUCUUGAUAUGGACCAAAUUAGUACCGGUGAAGAUCUUAAAAAAGUCAGGGAAAUGAAGGAAACAAACGCAGAAGUUCCAUUACCAAAUCUCCGAAGCAAAAUGGCAUCAAUUGAAGAUAAUGAGGAUCUCAUGUUUAAUUUAACAUGCGGCGAAACUUUGUUCCGACCAGCUCUUAAUGAACAAUCCGCUUCUGAUCCAGAUAAUCCAACGGCCGAUCCAGAAAUAUCCCAGUUUAUUGAAUCUCUUAGCGCCGCGGAAAUUAUUGCCAAGUCCAUUGAAGCUUCUGAUCUUCCAGCAAGAGGAGAAUUAUGGAAGAAUAUUAUUUUGACUGGAGGAACUUCAAAGCUCAAAGGACUCAAAGAAAGAUUAUUAAAUGAACUUACUGAGCUUAACCCAUUAAACGCUAAGCCAAGAAUGUACUUCCCAGAAGAUCCAAUUACUUCUUGCUGGAAAGGUGAAGCUUUGAGUGCAAAAUUUGAUGCAGAGGAGAACUGGUUAUUCGCUGAACAAUACAAAGCUGAUCCAAAGGCAGUUUUCGAGAAAUUCAGAUUAUUUGGAACUUCUUUCGCUCCUCCAAAAUAA